UAUGUGCCCAAAAGGAAGAAGGUCGUUUACGUUCUCAGCAGCAUGCACAGCGUGGUUGAGACUGAGGAUACCACCAGAAGAAAGCCAAACACCAUCACACAAUAUAACAAGGCAAAGUGUGGUGUGGAUAUGAUGGACAAAAUGGUGCGGGAGUACAGCGUGCGUGCAGGAACACGGAGGUGGCCAGUUGCCGUGUUCUACAACAUGAUAGACAUGGCAGCACUGAAUGCGCAUGUGCUGUAUCAGGCAUGCACCGGGGUGCAGGAGAGACGUGUGGACUUCCUGGUGGAGCUCGCAAAAGAGUUGGCUAACUCUCAUGUGAGUGAGAAGAAGGCAUGCAAGGAGCAACUGCUUCGCCAACAACCUGCCACACCCGGCCCAGGCAAAAGGGCGAAGUGCCAAAUCAACCAUCGAUGCAUAAAAAAUAGUGCAAGUAUGAGAUGCGUUGACUGCUACAAAUACACAUGUGGCAAAUGCACCAAGCCCAUGCCCUGGCAGUGCCAGAUGUGUGCCGACAGUGCAGACAAUGCGCAGAGUGAGGGCUGAAAUGCCACUCACACACACACAC